UGCGCGGCCGCACUUCCGCAUGUGUGUAGGCAAGGGAUAGGGCGGCCGGCGUUGCCGGCAUGGAGGAUGGCUCCGUUCCUGCUGCAGCUGGCGGUGCUCGGCGCGGCGCUGGCGGCCGUAGCCCUGAUUCUGAUUUCCUUUGUUGCAUUUAUAACUGCUACAGAGAUGCCACACCUUCAUCGACAUGAAGAUGAGAAGUUUUUCUUAAAUGCCAGAGUCCAGAGGGAAGCCUUACCCAGCAUACGGGACUCGCCUACCAAGCAGCUUUCUGUGGUCGUGCCUUCGUACAAUGAAGAGAAACGGUUGCCUGUCAUGAUGGAUGAAGCUCUGGGCUAUCUAGAGGAGAGACAGAAACAAGAUCCUACAUUCACUUAUGAAGUAAUAGUAGUUGAUGAUGGCAGCAAAGAUGAGACUUCAAAGGUAGCUUUUAAAUAUUGCCAGAAAUAUGGAAGUGACAAAGUACGAGUGAUAACGCUGGUGAAGAAUCGUGGGAAAGGCGGAGCUAUUAGGAUGGGUGUAUUCAGUUCUCGAGGAAAAAAGAUCCUUAUGGCAGAUGCUGAUGGAGCCACAAAGUUUCCAGAUAUUGAGAAAUUAGAAAAAGGACUGAAUGAUCUACAGCCUUGGCCUAAUCAAAUGGCUAUUGCAUGUGGAUCUCGAGCUCAUUUGGAAAAAGAAUCAAUUGCUCAGCGUUCUUACUUCCGUACUCUUCUCAUGUAUGGGUUCCACUUUCUGGUGUGGUUCCUUUGUGUCAAAGGAAUCAGGGACACACAGUGUGGGUUCAAAUUAUUAACUCGAGAAGCAGCGUCACGGACGUUUUCAUCUCUCCACAUUGAACGAUGGAGUAAGUUCCCUCUCCUGCCUAAGACCAAUCCUUGGACCUCUGCAUCCCCUUCCACCUUCUAACAACCCAGUCCUGUUCACUUAUUUUCUCUCCAGUGUAUUGAGCCUUUUCUCUCAACCACAUCUUUCCCAUCCAUUUUUUCAAGUUUAAAUUUCUCUUGCCAUUAGAAAAACACCCUCUCCAUUGACCCCUGCCCCCAGCACCCCUUCAACUCUAGCCCUCUUUCCUUUCACAGCAAACCUUUUCUUGGAAAAGUGGUCCAUAUUCACUGUCCCCGUCUUCUUGCUUCCCACUCACUCCUCACCCAUCCUCCCAUCUAAACAUCUAGUUAUCCUCCUAUCAUUAAAUCCAGUGGUCAUGUUUAAUAUGACCAUUUACCGUCUCAAUGAACCUAUCAGCAGCAUUCGGCCUCUCUUUGUCCCAGACCUCGCCUCAGCUCCCAGCCUGUUUAGGGAAUAACAGUCACAUAGAAGCCUGAAAGCUUGACGUCAUUACAGCCUUCCCAACAGCCCCUCCGUAUAUCCAGCCCAUGACCGAGGCGUGUUUUGAGCUUCUAUGUCCCUUCAUUUCUCUUCAUCUUCACCACGAUCUAGGACAUCAAUUCCUAUGCUGCAGUCCAAGGGGACCCUGCAGAAAUUAGACGUGAUCAAUCAGAUGCACCUCUUCUGCUUCCCGUUGCCUUUCGGUGCCUUCCAGGGCCUUGAGAGGGAUACCAAUAGGCCGUAUCAGUAUUGAUAUUACCGUCUGGCCCGCCUGAGUCUCCAUGUGCAGAUUCUUCCUUCUCACCACCCACUGCCCCUCCGUCAAGGUCUCCUUAUCCUUCAGAUCUUCGUUAGGACAACCUGCCCUCACUCUCUGUACCAGAUCAGAUGCCCCUGAUUGUAUGCUGUUGCAGUGCCAUAAGCCAUUCUCGUAGCACCUGUCACGUCUGUAGUGUUUUAUUUGUAUAAUGUUUCUAUUUCUCUAUUAAAACGUAAGCUCCACAAGAGCAAGAAUCCCAUCUGAUUUUGCUUAUUGUAUAGCAAAGAGAGUGCCUGGCACAUCAUAGGUACUCAAUAAAUACUGUUGAAAAAAAUACUUACUGUUAGUACUGGGUUCUGUGUGAAUUCUGUUCAUGGUGGGAGUCUCCAUAAUUAUUCCAGUAGAUGUUCAUUUUUAUAGUCUCUAUAACUUUCAUGUGUCUGUUUGCAAAGAUCUAUUAUCUCUGUAGAAAUAGAUGUCAUAUAAUCUUCCCAAAUAACUUUAAA